AUGGUUCUCGAUAAUGACACCCGGGGGUGGAUUAUGACAUGCGUGAGCGGCGUUGCCUGCAUACUAGGUGCCUGCAUCAUAUGUGUCGACCUGGUUGUCCAACUGUUACCAGGAAAGAAGGGUUUCCGCAUCCAGGACAGCAAUGCGUUUUUGUCGGCCUCGCUGAGCUUGAGCUUUGGUGUUAUGCUUUUCUCUGCCCUAUACGGAAUGCUCCCAUCUGCGAAAAAGUCACUUCGGCAAGGAGGCUUCUCCCCACAGGCUGCGGAGUUCAUACUGAUCGGGUGCUUUAUCGGUGGCGUUAUCGGUAUUCAGAUCCUCUCGCGCCUCCUUCACCGCUUCAUACCAUCACACGUUGUCGAUUGCGAUCAUAGUCAUGCAGGCGAAGAUACCAAGCAUCCCGAUGAUUAUCAUGAGCAUGACGAACACCAACAUUAUGGGCAUUCGCAUAGUACCGAAUACGAACCCACUCAUAUCCCCGCUCGGAAAGAGAAUAUGCGCGACUUGGAUGGUGGGGCCACACAUGAGAGGAGCCCUCUGCUUUCGAGGACUGCUUCCGAUACGGAUACCACGUCUCGAAUCACCUCAGCGCCCAGGGAAACAUCCCAUUUCGUUGAUGACCCCUCGCUGGUCAACAUCCAUCGCCCCUCGCUCCAGUCGCGGCUCACGCAAAAAGUAUCGUCGAUUGUAAUGGGUAGUGACAGGAGGUGUGGAGAAGAUGGGCAAUGCUACGGACUAUCCGAACCAUGUGGACAGGAAUGUCGAAAAGUGCUGCACUCUAAAGCGGCUGAAGCAGCCCUCCUUCACUCGACGCAUCCUCCGCUCUCGAGGAGCGCAACUGUUCCAGCGGCUCAGCCUGUCCAACCCGUCUCUGAUGGUCUCGAAACGAUAGAGGAGUCUCCCUCAAUGGGCACACACGAUCACCCUGUCUUCUCGCCAAUUGACUAUGGACGCCGUCGCAGUUCAGACGCCGCAUUUUCUGAUGCAGGUGACAUUGAGGAGGGCAGGAGGAAGCGCAGUAUAGCAUCCUCACCUAGUCAUUCGGCCCCGCAUCAUCAUCACGUUCCCACCAACGCCUUUCUCUCCAUUGGUCUUCAGACAUCCAUCGCGAUUGCUUUGCACAAGCUUCCAGAAGGUUUCAUCACAUAUGCCACGAACCACGCGAACCCGCAGCUUGGAUUUGCCGUCUUUAUUGCCUUGUUUAUCCAUAACAUCACGGAAGGCUUUGCCAUGGCGCUGCCGCUCUACCUUGCUAUCGGCGUUCGCUGGAAGGCCAUAAUAUGGAGUUCCUUUCUUGGUGGCGUCAGCCAACCGCUCGGCGCUGGCAUCGCUGCCCUCUCGUUAAAACUUGCUGGCAGGAAGCAUAUGGCUCCUGGAGAGGGAGUCUAUGGUGGAAUGUUUGCUGUGACAGCCGGCAUCAUGACAUCGGUCGCCUUUCAGCUCUUUUCUGAGAGCAUCGGACUGUCCCACAGCCGAGGCACUUGUAUAGUGUUUGCAUUUAUCGGAAUAGCGAUUCUGGGUAUUAGUUUUGCUCUGACAGCCAGCUGA